AAAAUGGCGGCGGCCUGGGCUGCGGCGCGCUGCUCCUUUCCCGCCGAGAGCCUGGGCCCGCAAGCCGGGGGGCAGGGCCCCGAGAUGAUCAGGCCCUCGGUCAGCGAGCUGACCAGGGAGGUGAGGAGCAACAUCCUGUGCACCGUGAAGGGCUGCGGCAAGAUCCUGCCCAACCCCCCGGCGCUCGGCAUGCACCUGGUCAAGUCUCACCGGGUCAAGGACUGCAGCAUAAAUCCAACAGUUAGAAAGGACUUGAAGUCUUCUGUUCAAAAGCUAUAUUGCUGCCCCAUUGAAGGUUGUCCAAGGGGACCAAAUAGGCCGUUUUCUGAGUUUUCCCGUGUCAAGCAGCACUUUAUGAAAAUUCAUGCUGAAAAGAAAUACAAAUGUGACAAGUGCAGUAACUCGUAUGGGACGGAAAGGGACUUGAAGCGGCACGCGGAAUAUUGUGGGAAGAUCUUCCAGUGCACUUGUGGGUGUCCUUAUGCCAGCCGAACAGCGUUGCUAUCGCACAUUUAUCGGACUGGGCAUGAAAUCCCUGCUGAACACCGAGAUCCACCAGGAAAGAAGCGGAAGAGUGAAGAAUUAAAUCAGAAUCACUUCACCAAGACUGCAAAAGAGCAACAGAAAACACAGUCUGUCCAAGAGCCAGCAGAGAAUAAUCAGGGGUUUUCUGUGGAAAGCACCUUUGGAAACUGUGGCAGUAAUCAAAAUCCCACUCCUGCAAAACAAAUCCAGAAGUUGUUGCUCCCGAAGCCUAGGGUUGCACUGGUCAAACUACCGGUAAUGCACUUCACUCACUUACCAGUCUUUGUAUCUUCAGGCACACCUGUGGAUAGCUCCAUCAAAUCAGUUGUAGUUGCUGUUGACAAUCAAGGAUCUGUUAUGAGCACAAUGCAUGUCUUGUCUACUUCAGAGGGAACUCUCAUACCAACUUUGGAAGCCAAAACAUUGAACUUUAAAGACACUGUGCCGUUAUCCAAGAUGGCCAGUGUCAUGGUGGUUGAACCAGUCAGUGCUGCAGUGCAAGUAAAUAUGGAUUCAGACCACCAAGUCUUGACGCAAUUUGGAGACCUAGGGCAAAAGAACAAGUGUACUUCUAUGAACGUGCAGACAGACAUAUCGUACCUUGCACAGAACCCAUUGCCAGAAUCCCUUGCUGAAUGUUGCUCCCCUGAGAGUACCGUGUCUGCUUGCGCACAGACUGAUUUGACUUUCAGUGCCCAAGUAUUGCUGCCCAUCAGUGUUCAGACACAGACGUUUGGAUCAGACCCGAAAAUUACUACAUCGAUGAGUGCUCAGACAGAUUCUUUUGACCAAUCCUGUUUUCCAUCGUAUGGGGUAUCUAGGGAAACGCAAACUAAUGUGAUGGUGAAUUCAGCUCAUGUUGGAGGCCCCAUACACCAAGCUUUAAUUAAUACAGAUAAUCCAGAAGAUAUGUUUGACCAUUCUUCAAGUUCUUAUGCUGUUUGCAGACAAACUCAAACUAGUUUUGCUUUGGUCGCAGAGGAUCUGGAUCAAAGACUAGCCAACACGGCUAAUCAUGCCCUGGAUCUGCAGAGCACUGAUAAAUCACUGGUUGAUUUUCAGGUUCAAACCAGUUUACUUCAACAGAACCCUAUGACUGACAAUCAAACUCAGACAAUGAGCCUGUUCAACGAUUUGGAAAAUAUUCUAUCAGAAAGCAUGUCUGGUCAUUCACUGGAGAACCGUGGGCUUUUAUCUGAAUCCAGCCACACCUCUGGAGAGAACAUGGCCAGCAACCAGGUACAGACUGCAGCCAUCGACUUUGAUAUUGAAGAGUUUUUGUCUGCAACUAACAUCCAAACUCAGACAGAGGAGAAUGAGCUUGGUGCUAUGCAGGCAGUUUCUGCUCUGGAGUCCUUAGAUAUAGAAACUCAAACCGACUUCCUGUUUUCGGACCAUCCUGGCCAAGUGGACACUGGCAGGGGGCCGAACAACUAUUUAGGACUCGAAAUGUUUGAUACUCAAACUCAAACCGAUUUAAACUUCUUACUAGACAGCAGUUCACAUCUACCUCUCGGCAGUAUCCUGAAACAAUCUAGCUUCUCUCUAAGCACGGAUUCAAACAAUACAGAAACCCAGACUGAUGUCCACAGCCUGGUUAGAAAUAACUACAGCGCUGAAAGCCAGGUGCGGUUAAACUGUGCUGAAACACAGACAACAAGCAGUUGCUUUGAAAACCUGGGUAGUUUGUUCUGCACCAGCAAUGAAACGCAGACUGUCGUUGAUGACUUUCUCCUGGCAGAUAUGGCUUGGAAUCCACUGGAGUCUCACUUCAGUUCAGUUGAGACACAAACGUGCGAUGAAAUCUUUUCCUUAUUCCAAAAUACAGACAAAAGUAGCAAUUAAACUGCACAGAGUGCAGGAGGGAUACCCUUGAGCUUGGUGUGGAGUGUGGCAUUACCAGGACUUUCCACUAUUGCUGCUCUGGAAUCAACCGCUUGUCAGUAUUGAAUAGAAAUAUUUAUUUCACUCCACUCUUCCCUUCCCCACCCACCAACAUUGUUGGCAUUCGGGUGGGCUUCCAUUUGGCAGCUUUCUGUGAACACCCCCCCCCACCCCACUCAGGAUUGGAAAGUAUAGACAGAACAUGGAUCCAGAACUCAUGUCUUCCCAUUUCAUAUCACAAUGUAUUAGCCCAUCAACCUGCUGAACCACCGUGGAAAGGCUGCCGUUCCAGUAGAAUACGUCCAGUUGAUUUAAUGGUUGUGAAUGAUUCACACUUCUAGAACUGAGAAGUCCUUUUCUGCAUACCUGGUCUUUAACACAGCCAUCAGAUCAGCCUUGGGAACUUUAAGGGUAGUAGGCUAUAAAACUGAACAGAUAUACUUCUCACUCCUCCCUCUCAGUUCAUUACUUUUCACAAGUAUCUGGGACAGUAAGGGAUCUGAUUAUGUGAGGGCAACCUUUCAUGCACUGCAGUAGCUUGUUUGGUGGUGCCAGUAGGGGGAGGGGGUCACCUGAACCAGCACAAGGCUGAAGCAUGAACAAUAAGGCUCAUCCAUGGGUACCUCAAAAGAUCCUUGCAAGAACAAUUGAGUUUUCAGGCCCAAAGUUUAUCGUUAGGAUUCAAAACCCUCCAGUUUGGCAUAGACAUUUCACCAGCCUUGCAUAAAGCUCCCUUCCAUUAACUCAAGAGAGGCAAAAUUCUGCUCCCCACAGCUUCAGACUUCAUGGAUUCAGUAGGAAGCAGAUUUAAACAUUCUGGAAGAAAUUACAUCCAGGUCAAAAUUUUGGGUUGUUCCCUUUAUUUGAAAGUGAAUACUAACAGUUUGAGGGACAGCAGUAGAACACUAAAUACUGAUAGGUUUGCAGUUUUGUUUAUUAGUUUCUGUAUGGUUAUAUAAAUUUUGCAUUAUUUAUAUCUGUAUGUGUAAAAUGUAAUUGUUUGAGCAGAAAAAUGAAGUUCACCUCGUAUUUGUAUUGCGCUAUUGUUUGUGCAAAUUCAAGUGGUCACUAACAGAGUUCUGUUAGCUGUCUUAUUCAAAGAAAAGUUGCUACACACUACAUUGAUGAUGGUACCUGCAUACAUUUCUGGUGGUCUUUUGAGCUCUCGCAUUUUAAUGCUUGCCCAAGAUAGGUAUAAUGGCUACUUGGGUCGUCCUCCCAACAUGAAAGGCACUAUAAAAUUUUAUUUGUUGUUGAUCCAUGUUUUACACUUCAACACUGUUUAGUAGUUCCUGGUUUGUUGCAGUCACUGCUUUGUUUCCCAAGUCGACAAAGGCUCAGAUGGGAACUUGACAUGUUAUCCCUCGACUUUAUACUAGCUUUAUUUUUUACAAAUUUGAUCAUUAGCAUUGCCAUCUGCAGUGUUUAAAGAAGUUCCUUUUGAGGAGUGACUGCUUGGCAAGCAGGAGAGAUUUGCAGAGCCCCUGCAAAAACUAAAAUAAUGAUUUCCUUUGGAGUGACUUGUUCAUCUAUGACUGCUUUUGGUGAUUAAAUUGGAGAAUGUGUCACUCGCACGCCUAACCUUGCCCUCGAUGAAUGUUCACACACCUGUAUUAUCCAGGUAUCACAAUGGUGAUCAGAACCCAGGAACUUUGACUACCUUCUCCUGUAUAGCCACUGAAGCUAAUUGCAGUGCUUUGACUUUACCCUGGAGUCCAGUAUUUAAACCGGUGACUUUCCGGUUUGUUACACCAGGGUGGCUUUAACCAAGGCAGCUCUUUGAAUUUUAUUCUGUUUAACUGAUUUGGUUUUGCUAAACUUUGUAUCAGUUCUUUGUAUGGUGUUUCAUUCAUUUCACAGGUGUAGUGUUUAUUUUGCAUAGAUCAAAAAUGACUACACAGUAUUUGUACAGUUUAUGUUUGUGCUGUUAUUGGAUCAUUUGCAUUGCUGACUUUGAAAAAUGAACCAUUGUAUACAUAAAGCUGCUACACUCCAUUACAAGUGUACCUGCAUGUGUAACUUAUUUGCAGAUCUUUUGUUCAGAAGAACCUAAAGAACUGUGUGGUUUUGGAACUGUUUAUAUCACUAAUGUGUUGUGUAAAUGCAUGCAAAAUAUUCAAGUGCCAAAGUGACAGUUUUUCUUUUUUUGGAAAGGGAUUUGUAAGCUGAUAUUAUCAGUGUUAUUUAAUGUAACCGUCAGAAUGGUUUAAUUGUACUCCAGUCUACUGGAAAUUUGCACAUUGUUUAAUUUAUUUUCCUUGUGUAUAUUGUACAAGUUCAGUUGAUAUUUGCAUAAAGCACUUAUGGAUGCUGGUUAAAAUUAUUGGUGAGUUGCACAAAAUAAAAGUUAGUUUCUCCACAAAAGAUAAA